CAGGUUACGUUUGGAUACAUUUCCCAUUCAUACAAAGCAAACGUGCCGGACACGUGGGCAUUGAACUACUUUUUUCCAUCAAUAAAUUCCCGCCAAUUUCUAUACUUUAAAAAUAAAGAACAAAUAUACCCAAGGCAGGGCAGCCAUGGAAGUUGGAAGGUUGCCCAUCUCAGCGUCGCAGCGAGGCAAACUGUUAUCAGCCGGCUAUACUACUAUAUCAUCCUUUACUUCCCUCUCUCCCUUCCACCUUGCUCGAGACCUUAACAUUCCUGAGGAAGAAGCUGUUCAAAUUCUGGGGGCUGCAGCAUCACAUAAUAGUAGGUUAGACACUAGUGAUGGAGGCCACGCUAUGGUUAAUGGUGCACAGACUGCAUGGGACAUGCUUCAUGAAGAACAGUGUUUUCCGCGCAUUACUACUUCUUGUGCAGAUUUGGAUAUCAUCCUUGGUGGAGGAAUUAACUGCAAAGAAGUAACUGAAAUCGGUGGAGUACCUGGCAUUGGUAAAACACAGCUGGGGAUUCAACUAGCAGUUAAUGUUCAAAUUCCAUCGGGUUUAGGUGGCCUUGGUGGAAAGGCAGUAUAUAUAGAUACGGAAGGCAGCUUUAUGGUAGAGAGAGCUAUGCAAAUUGCUAAAGCUUCGGUAUCUGACAUGUCAGAAUACAAUGAUCGAUUACGUAAGGAAAAUCGUGGGUGCCAAGUCAAUUUGAAUUUUGAAGAUAUCUUGAAAAACAUUUACUAUUUCAGAGUCUGCAGUUACACUGAGCAAAUGGCUCUGAUAAAUUACUUGGAGAAGUUCAUGUCAGAGCAUAACGAUGUUAAGAUAGUUAUUAUUGACAGUGUUACUUUCCAUUUCCGCCAAGAUUUUGAGGACUUAUCUCUCAGGACUCGAUUACUUAAUGGAAUGGCCCUAAAGUUGAUGAACCUUGCAAAAUCCUUUAAUGCAGCGGUUGUCAUAUUUAAUCAAGUCACCACUAAGUUCACAGAAGGUUCAUUUCAGUUGGCUCUGGCACUCGGUGAUAGCUGGUCACAUUCCUGCACAAAUCGGGUCAUCUUGUACUGGGACGAAGACGAGCGAAAUGCAUACGUAGACAAGUCGCCCUCUCUCCCCUCAGCCUCGGCUCCAUUUUCCGUCACUGGCAAAGGGAUCCGGAACACUGCUUCCAACUAUAAGAGAACCAAAUUUACGUGAGAUUCAGAUUGAAUGUAAUACACUACAGAGACCUUUUUUUUUGUUGGUGAUAGCUGAAGUUGCUUUCUUCCUUUAAACAAUAUAUGGUGUUUUCUUUUUUGCCAAUUUUGAGUCUAUUAUUCUCUCUUUUUUUAUUACUAGAUAUUAAAUUGCACUAAUGACAAGAUACCACAUCAACUGGUGUUAAGCUCUAUUGAUGUCUAAUAACAAUUCUUUCUUGAUUCUAGCUGAUCUA